CUGCUUCGUCAAAACUCUCACUAUCCGAAGUUACAUUACCCUCCGAAAAAAAAAAAAAAAUUACUCGGAUCCUAGCCGUCCGCUCCAUUGACUGGUAGCACAGUGUUAAAUCUCCAUCCUUGAAAACUUACCAACAAACACUUGUCACAUAAGCCGCAAAGAGGAAAAAAAAAAAAAAAGCCGCAAACCAGACGGUCCAAGCCAUUUGAUCUGGAAGCCAUUGAAGCCCCCGCGAGAGCACGAUAACGCAAAAACGGAGCAAAACCCACGUCUCUCCUAUCGAUUUCGAACCCGGAAGAACCAAAAAGUUGAAGCAUUCCAAACCCUAGGAGGGGUCAUGAUCGUAUGCUCCCAGGCAUAUUCUAAUCGACAACGACGACACCAUGAUCAGUACGGCCAACGGUAUGAUGCAAACGGCGUCGUCUAGCAACGCUCAGUCGCCGGGUCUCAAGACCUAUUUCAAAACCCCUGAGGGAAAGUACAAGCUUCAGUACGAGAAGACGCAUCCUUCGGGGCUCCUUCACUACGGCCAUGGCAAAACCGUCACUCAGGCAACAUUGGCAAAUCUUAAGGAUAAACCUGCUCCAUCAACCCCGACCGCGCCAUCUUCAAGCUUCAGCACUGGAAGUGGCGUACGUUCAGCUGCAGCAAGGUUGUUGGGUGGUGGUAAUGGGACCCGGGCGCUUAGCUUUGUUGCAGGGAAUGGAGGAGGUAAGAGUGUCAGUGCGAGUAGUAGAGUUGGGUCUUUGGUGGCUUCCAGUUCGAGUACUUCGACUUCUACUUCGAAUUUUGAUGGGAAAGGGAAUUAUUUGAUCUUCAAUGAGGGGGAUGCGAUCUUCAUCAGUGAUUUGAAUUCUCAAGACAAGGAUCCAAUAAAGUCUAUACAUUUCAGUAAUUCAAACCCUGUCUGCCACGCAUUUGAUCAAGAUGCGAAGGAUGGUCAUGAUUUGAUUAUUGGGUUGAGUUGUGGUGAUGUCUACUUAGUGUCACUGAGACAGCAAUUGCAGGAUGUUGGAAAGAAGCUUGUAGGUGCUCAGCAUUAUAACAAAGAUGGCUCUGUUAGUAACAGCCGUUGUACUAGUAUUGCAUGGGUUCCUGGUGGUGACGGUGCUUUUGUUGUCGCUUAUGCCGAUGGGAAUCUGUAUGUAUAUGAAAAGAGCAAAGAUGGGGCAGGCGAUUCCUCAUUCCCUGUUAUCAAAGAUCCAGCUCAAUUUUCAGUUUCGCAUGCACGUUAUAAUAAGAGUAACCCAACUGCCAGAUGGCAUAUCUGCCAAGGUUCGGUAAAUAGUAUUGCUUUCUCAACUGAUGGGUCCUAUUUGGCGACAGUUGGAAGAGAUGGUUAUCUACGUGUUUUUGACUACUCAAAACAGCAACUUAUAUGUGGUGGCAAAAGUUACUAUGGGGCCCUUUUAUGUUGCACUUGGAGUAUGGAUGGAAAAUACAUACUGACAGGAGGUGAAGAUGAUCUAGUUCAAGUUUGGAGCAUGGAAGAUCGGAAAGUUGUAGCAUGGGGAGAGGGGCACAACUCUUGGGUUAGUGGAGUGGCGUUUGAUUCGUAUUGGUCGUCACCAAAUUCAGAUGGUAUGGGGGAGACUGUCAUGUACCGGUUUGGCUCUGUCGGUCAGGACACACAGUUGCUUCUGUGGGACCUGGAAAUGGAUGAGAUUGUGGUGCCAUUGCGGCGAUGUCCUCCUGGCGGCUCCCCCACAUAUAGUGCUGGAAGCCAGUCAUCUCAUUGGGACAAUGCACUUCCAGUAGGUACUCUGCAGCCUGCUCCAAGCUUGCGAGAUGUUCCAAAAUUAUCACCGUUGGUUGCUCACCGGGUACACACUGAACCCCUCUCUGGCGUGAUGUUUACCCAAGAAUCCGUUCUUACUGUCUGCCGAGACGGGCAUAUAAAAGUUUGGGUGAGACCUGGGGUUUCAGAAACCCAAUCAAACAACUCGUCCGAAUUAAGUACCAGCUCGAAGGAAAAGCCUUUGUCCUCAGUCAAGGUUGGCAGUUCGGGUUACAAGCAAUGACCAGACUGUCGUCAGACAAGGCAACACAAGUUUCUCUGUUUUUUUUCUUUUUUCGAUAAUUUUUCCCAUCGAGUUACAGUUUCUACCUAUUUGCCUGUGUAGCAAUUUUUCUCUUGUUGUCCAGUUGGUUUUGCAGACAAAAAAGCACUUUCGUGAGCAUAAUCUGAUUGGCAUUGCGAUGCGACCAACUGUUUCUAUUGUAUAGACAAAAAUGUCAUUGAAGGCAGUAAGAGGUUGGGAGGGAGAAAACCCCCAUUUGUAA